AGAUGGAAAGUCAAAAUAGAACAGCACAGUGGAUUUGUGAAAGUGUACAUAAAACGGCAUUUCGUAUAGCAAUUAAACGCUAUGUGUACAUGUAAAAUCAGAAUAGUCCUUGCUCGAGUUAUGUGCUGCAGGACUUUCUCUCUCUACCUGUGACAUAAUCUUUUGAGCAGUUGGAGAGUCGGAACUGAACCGCACAUUGAAAACUGGAGUAGUUUCGUUUAUUAUUACGUACAGUACAGACAUGUCAAGAAUCUGUUGCAACUUUACUACACUGCUGUUGGCCAUUCUUUUGGUAACAACGUACACCACUUCUCUACAGCAUCGGAUAGUGGUUGAAGAUCUCGAUUACAAUCAUUAUAAUGAACACCAAAAUUUCCAACCAACGGUAAAGUUUGACAGACCAAUUGUCGUGAAGGCUUUUGAAAAGCCAAAGAACCAACAAGAUUUUAGCAAAAUUCCUGGUAUUCCGGGCGUAGACUUUCCUUUGUACCAUACCGUACCUCAGACAAGUUUUUCCUGCGCACACGUUCCAUUCGUACCAGGAAUGUACGCGAACGUGGAAACCGGUUGUCAGGCAUAUCACAUUUGUCACGAUGGUCGCGAAGGUCAUCAAGGUGCAUCUUUCCUCUGUACUAAUGGAACUCUUUUCAAUCAACGGGAGUUUGCUUGUGAUUGGUGGUAUAACGUGAAUUGUGCUGAUGCGCCAGCUUUGUAUAGAUUAAAUUUAGACCCUUUGAAGAACCCUUAUAUACCGGAAGAAAGAAAGGAGAUAAUUCGGAAGCAGAAUAUGAGAAUCGUCGUGUAUUAAAAUUUCUAAUCUAUAUUCUAAAUAUAAUUUAAAGCGUGCCAGUUGUACAAAGAAUUACUAAAUCUCUGCUGCAUGAUUUACAGCUUUCAGUAGAAAAAUGUUUCUCAUAAAUGUAAUUAGUAUGGCUAUGCAACGUUUUCUUGUAUUUUACUAUACAGAUUUUUCUAAUGCAAACGAGAAAACGGUGAAGUACGAGACAUCUUCCAAAAUUUGUCACGAAUAAUUAUCGCUUUAGGUCCUUUACGAGUAAUUAUCGGUUUAGUGUUCUUUGUUACACCAUACAUACGUUUCCAAGAUUUUUAGUAGACUGUAAAUUAUUUUCCUAUAAUUAUGUGAAACGCGUAAAAUUUUUUAAAAGAUACACUUUCCUAUCUUUAAUAUUACAAUUGUUUUUAUUUCACUCUCGGUUAACGUUUCGCCACAUUCGAUAUUAAAGUUUUCGAAAAAUAAUA